GUGUAGUACUGGGUGAUGCUAAGUGUGCCCCGUUUGCACUUGUGAAUUUCAUCUUCCAAAUUAAUCAGCCUAUUUGCAUUCAGUUGUCCAAACCUUCGUUUCAGUUCAUCCCAUAAAACCUUAGCAUUAUCAUGCCUUAUAACAGAAUGCCUGAUGUCUUUGUUUAGCGAGUUUAAGAUCCAGGUAUGCACAAUUGUGUUGCAUCCAUCCCACAAAUGAAAUUGUGGAUCUGUAAUUGCUAGUCUGGGUAGAGACCCAUCCACAAAACCCAUUUUGUGUUUCGUUUUCAGAACAUUCAUCACAGAUCUACUCCACAUGCUAUAGUUAUUCCCAUCCAUCAACUCAGAAACAAUAGGUAAACUCAUAUUCUCGUUUGGGUUCAGGUAGAGAGGAUUACUAAACAUAAUGACCUUUGCGUUGCUUGUUUGGCUCGCAUUUCCUUCAGCUCCAAACGAUCCAAACUGCAUAUUUUGUGGAUCUGUGACUCGUGCUCCGCUGCCGGAGUUUGGCGCUGUAGUGGGUGAUGGCGUGACUGACAUUGCGAUAUCCCUUUAGAACGACCGCUCUGAUACCAUAAGAGAAAACUUGCAAGGAUUUUUGGAAGGGUUGAUCUUGAGCUUCUCUGAGAUCACCUUGUUUGUUUAUAUACUCAGCGGAAAGUAAAGGACGAAUUGAUUAUAGAGCACUGCCACUUGGCUGCUUUCCAUUCGUCCACUUAAAGACUUUUGUUUCCUGUUAGUCAUUUUUCGAGUAGUAGGGACCCAAGGGAGAAGGAGACUGGUGGGUAUGCAUUAAUGGUUCUGGUUUGCAGAUGAAAACGAUAAAGAGUAAAAUAGAUGAAAAGAAUGGAAAUGGUGCAUAGAGGAUCGGCGAAGGACGCCGACGACGGUACCAUAAGUGGCAAUUUGGGAGAGAUUUCUCGCCGACGCUGACAUAAUCUUGAGACCCAAAUCUAAUUCAGUGAAUCUCUCGGGGAGCCUCUCCAUGGUGGCGACGACGGUGGGCGGAUCGAGACGUUCAUUCGUAGUGAGUUCUCUCCGCUCGCAGAGGACAACGUCCACCACGAAGAAGUGCUUCCUCGAUGCUAUAGGACAUGCAUGCGAGAAAUAUAUGUAGGGGAAGAAGAUCUGUUGGGCGACGAUUAGAGAGAUAGGUGGGUUGGGGAGAUCAAGAAAGAGUGGAGGUGGGCAACGAUUAAAGAGAUGAGGGUUGGGGAGAUCGAGAGGAAGUGAAGGUGGGCGGCGAUUAGACAUAAUAAGAAGAAGGGAGGGCUGGUACUCGAUUAUUCGGUAUAACGAGUAACCCCCGAUUACUAACUAGGUAUAAAUCAGUAUACUAAUAGCUGAACUUUGGCGAUCAUAUACCGGUUAUGCCAGUUAACGGUACAAUUGGCGGUACUGGUUCGGUUAUCGAUUAUACCGUUAAUUGCAAAAUUGUUUACUACUCCUAAUUUAGAGAUAAAGGGGUGGGAUGAAUAGUGGGGUAUGAUUUGGGAAAGAGAAACAUGUGUCCCCUGUCCUUCUAUUCAUUUUUUCCGGGUUAACGGUUUGCCAAUUAACCGCACAAAAAUUAAUGAUUAUUCGUUUCAGCUAAUCAAUAAUCCUGGUUGGAUCCAGUAGUCAAUUAACGAUUAUUUAGUUCAGUUAAAUCAAAACCGCACCCAUUAUCAUUUUUUUUCUCCAAUGAUUUGUCUAUAUGAAAUUUGUCUAAAGUAUUAUACUAACCAACCAUUAUUAUUGUGAAAUACUCCUUUUGUUUUUCACUACUGCUUUUUCCUUCUUUUUUUCCAUUUUACAUUUUCGAUCCUUUUAAUAUUGUAGAGUUUUUUUUUUUUUUUUUUUUGUCUUUUGUUUUUCGUUUAUAAUAUUUUACGCUUUUGAGCUGGUGUGCUUUGCCUUUGUGUGCGUUCGAGGACUGUUUUUGGGUGAUUUUGUUAUCUUUGAGACAGACAUUUGCUGUUCUGAACUGAGAUUUUGUGCUGCUCUUCUUGUUGCUCGUUGAGCAGGGACGAGGAACAACUGAGUGAAGCCACAGCCAAAACCCAGAAAACAAAAAUCUUCGCUACACCCGGCGCCUUUGUUCUUUUGUUCCUUGUCUCUUUCUCCAAUAAUGUUUUGUUUUGUGGUUUGAUCCGUUUCAUGUGAUCUCCGCCUCGUUUCCUCAACUGGGUCCUCGUAGGUUUUGAUGAGGAAUUGCAAAAGUUGAGCGCUUUCUUGUGUGUUUGUUUUUUUUUUUUCUGGGUUUUAUAGCGCUCCAGUUUUCUGCCCUUGUCAAGUGGUGCGAUUCUGGGUUUUGAAGAAGUUUUUUGGUUAAAUGGUUUGGGGAUUUUGUCGGUGCUUGGAUGAGAAGUGGGUUUAGGCUUUUAGGGUUCUUCCUCCAAGAUGGUAUUAAGCGGCGAGAAUGGUAAUUUGAAGUCUCCAUCUCGUCUCGAGUUUCAAUCUAAAGGAAAGAAGAAGAAAGAGAAGAAGAAGAAAAAGAAGCACAGGAAGGACAGUGGUGGCGUCUCUGGCUUCGCUGAGGACUGUAUUCAAGAGUCGGACCCAGGUUGCUGGCUGCAAUGGAGGCUUCUAGGCAGCUGCAUUUCUUCAAGAUCCAAGAUCGAUAGUUCUGUUAGUGGGCACAGCACUAGUUAUGCUGAAAGUAAAUCUACAAUUGACACUAGCAAAGACCAGCCGACUGCUCCCAUCGUCCCAUCUACAACAACAAGUAAUACCGAAAGCCAUUCAUCUACUUCCAAACUAGAGGAGGAGCUUAAAGUUGCUUCUCGGUUGCGAAAGUUCACUUUCAAUGAUCUGAAGUUAGCAACAAGGAAUUUCAGACCUGAGAGCCUUCUUGGUGAGGGCGGCUUUGGUUGUGUGUUUAAAGGUUGGAUUGAAGAGAAUGGAACUGCUCCGGUGAAACCUGGCACAGGGCUUACUGUUGCUGUUAAGACCCUUAAUCAUGAUGGACUUCAGGGUCACAAAGAAUGGCUGGCUGAAGUGAAUUAUCUAGGUGAUCUUGUACAUCCCAACUUGGUUAAGCUUAUUGGUUAUUGCAUUGAAGAUGAUCAAAGGCUUUUGGUUUAUGAGUUCAUGCCGCGAGGAAGCUUGGAGAAUCACUUAUUUAGAAGGUCUUUGCCUCUUCCGUGGUCCAUAAGGAUGAAAAUUGCGCUUGGUGCUGCAAAGGGCCUUGCAUUUCUUCACGAAGAAGCAGAAAGACCAGUUAUUUAUCGCGACUUCAAAACUUCAAAUAUCCUUUUGGAUGCGGACUAUAAUGCAAAACUCUCUGACUUUGGACUAGCGAAAGAUGGUCCUGAAGGAGACAAGACUCAUGUGUCAACUCGUGUCAUGGGGACUUAUGGUUAUGCUGCACCUGAGUAUGUAAUGACAGGACAUCUGACAUCAAGAAGCGAUGUCUACAGCUUCGGAGUGGUGUUGCUUGAAAUGAUUACUGGCAGAAGAUCGAUGGACAAGAAUCGGCCAAAUGGAGAGCAUAAUCUGGUAGAAUGGGCGAGGCCACAUCUUGGAGAGAGGAGGAGGUUUUAUCGACUGAUAGACCCUCGGUUAGAAGGCCAUUUCUCCAUAAAGGGUGCCCAGAAAGCUGCCCAGCUAGCUGCUCACUGCCUAAGCCGUGAUCCAAAAGCUAGGCCACUGAUGAGUGAAGUUGUGGAGGUUCUGAAGCCUCUGCCGAAUCUAAAAGACAUGGCAAGCUCAUCGUAUUACUUCCAGACAAUGCAAGCUGAGAGAAUGGCAGCAGGGAGUCCUAAUUCCAAAAAUGGCAUGCGGACAACACAGCCAGGACUAUUGUCUCGAAAUGGGCAUCAACCGAGAAGUCUUUCGAUACCUAAUGGAUCACAUGCUUCUCCUUACCAUCAUCAACAUCCUCAUCAUCAUCAGUCCCCUAAACCCAAUGGCAAACACUAGAUCAGAGUUCGGUAGUAGUUAUCUCCAUCUUGUUUGUCUUUCCCGCUUCCUUCUCCGUAGAGAUGUAUCUCCCCGUGAAAUCAUUUGUUCUUGAACAACUGAAAUAUGGAAAGAAGGCAACUUUCGUGUUUUAGAGUGAUGGUAUCUCCCAGCAGGUGGACAAUGUUGUAGGUCAUGUGGAAGCUUGUUGAAACAAAAUGCAUUCAGAAAGUUUGUAGUUGUGCUACUCUGUUUGGAAUGCAAAGAUAUUAUCACAACCCAUCUAACCAUCAUUUUCACACCUCAAUAAUUCACAUUUGAUUAA